AUGAGUCAGAGCCAUCGAUACCGCCCUCUCCUUCUCUUCCGCUUCUUCCUCUCUUUACUUCUCUCUUUCUCAAACCGACCAAACCAAUUCUUCCUCUCUUUCUCUUUCUCUCAAACUCUCUCUCUCUCUCUCUCUCUCUCUCUCUCUCUCUCUCUCUCUCUCUCUCUCUCUCUCUCUCUCUCGUGCCAGAAUGGUGUGAUGGCAAUGGCGGGUCCACAGCCCCCCAACAUUUUGCUCUUGUUCCCCGAUCAAUGGCGGUUUGAUUGGGACACCUUUACCCAUGCUGCCGAACCAGAUCGGUUGGCCUUGCAGAUGCCCACACUGCGGGCCAUGGCCGCCAACGGCACCCGCUUUACCAAGGCGUUUGUGCCGGCACCCGUGUGUGCGCCGAGCCGCAGUUGCUUGGCCGCUGGACGCGAGUAUGAUCGAGCCGGUGUGGCCUGCAACUUUUGCAACGACUACAAUACUUCCAUCCCCACCUUCUACCGCCUACUGCGUGAUCAAGGGGGAUAUCAUGUCAUGACCGCUGGCAAGGACGACCUCACCAAGGAGGGGCAAGAAGACUGGGACACAAAAGAUGUUGUUGCAUCUGGGCAGGAGCAGUAUUUGUGUGUGUGUGUGUGUGUGUGUGUGUGUGUGUGUGUGUGUGUGUGUGUGUGUGUGUGUGUGUGUGUGUGUGUGUGUGUGUGUGUGUGUGUGUGUGUGUGUGUGUGUGUGUGUGUGUGUGUGUGUGUGUGUGUGUGUGUGUGUGUGUGUGUGUGUGUUCUUCGCAUUAUACCCAGCUCUACCAAUGCUCCUAUAGGGCUACGGUACAGUGGCAAGGAGGAUGUGAUCAACACGUACCCCGCACCACACGAAAUGUAUGGCUACAUGCUUCAAGAUCAUCAGGUGACCCUUCAGAAUGGCACCCGCCUUUCAGCAUGGGCAGCACACUACGCUUGCAUGACCGAAGCCAUCAACCACACCAGCCCGCUUUGUGAUCGCCGCUCCUUUCCAGACGAACUCUACGAAGACAACUGGACGGCGCAAAACGCCAUCACGCUGCUACAACGCAAACCCCCAGGCCAACCAUGGUUUCUGCAGGUCAACUUCCCUGGGCCUCACUCGCCUUUUCUGGUGACUGCCAGCCAGCACGAUUCACAGGCCAAUCGCUCAUAUCCUGCACCCGUGGAUAACCCCGACAUCCAAACGCCCGAGCACUGUAUUCGCACCAACGAACCCAGCAACGGGAGACGCUGUGACUAUGCGGCUGAGCUGGAAAACUUGGACCGACUCUUUGCCCUGGUAUUGGCUGCGGUGCCAGAGGCAGAGCGUGCCAACACACUGACCUGCGUGGCCUCUGACCACGGCGAGAUGUUGUGGGAUCAUCAAGACACGGGCAAGACGAUGCCGUGGCAAGGCUCGGUGUCCGUCCCCCUCUUGUGCAUGGGCCUCACUGUCCGCGCCAAUUCUACGGUCAGCGACCGGCCAGUGGCCACCAUGGACCUGGCCGGCACGUUUCUCGACUACGCAGGCAUUUCGCCGGACCAGGGCAUGACCACGCAGUCGCUGCGGGCGUUGCUCGAGGGUGAUGUUGCGGGUGCCCGAUCCUACCGUAGCUUUGUAUCCUCGGGACUGCAAGCCACGGCCUUUGCCCCGCCAGUGACCGAGGCUGCGGCGGCAGUCACCGCCGAAUCCUACAAUUGGCGCAUGGUCGUCCAGGCGCUGAAUGGCAGCAUUCUCAAGCUCAUCUGCUGCAAGGGCGAAUGCAUCGGGGUCCCCAGCACCGCCCGCGGCCGCUACAUGGUCCAAGGCCACCAAGUGCUGCUCUACAACACGGACACGGACCCCUACGACAUGCGCCCGCUCGACGAUAACGCGACCAAAGCCGCCCUCGUUCCCCUCCUCCCACCGACCUUCCACUGCCCGACCCCCAUUGUCAGCAUGUCAGAUCAAUUACCAGAUGUCAUUCGCUCCGUCUGA